AGUUAAAUGUUCACUUCAGUCUGUGCAAAGAAUGGGAGCCCUAGGUGAUGCUAGCCUGUUCUCCCCCUGGGAUUAUGUUGUGUUUGCUGCAGUCUUGCUCAUCUCUGCAGUUAUUGGGAUCUAUUAUGCAUUUGCUGGAAGAAGGAAAAACACAUCCCAAGAAUUCCUGACUGGAGGGAGAAGCAUGAGUGCUUUGCCAGUGGCCCUGUCUCUUACUGCCAGCUUCAUGUCUGCAGUGACAGUUCUGGGCACUCCUGCUGAUGUCUAUCGCUUUGGUGCAAUAUACAGCAUGUUUGCCUUUUCUUAUGUCUUUGUUGUUAUCAUCUGUGCAGAGAUCUUCCUUCCUGUCUUUUACAGACUGAACAUUACAAGUACAUAUGAGUAUUUAGAACUUCGCUUUAAUAAAUGUGUGCGGAUCCUGGGAACAGUCAUUUUUAUUAUAGAAAUGGUUUUAUAUACUGGUAUUGUGAUCUAUGCUCCUGCACUUGCACUGAAUCAAGUUUCAGGAUUUAACCUGUGGGGAGCCAUGACAGCUACAGGGCUGGUCUGCACUUUCUACUGUACUCUGGGCGGCAUAAAAGCUGUAAUAUGGACAGAUGUGUUCCAGAUAGUGAUAAUGGUGGCAGGUUUUAUUGCCGUUAUUAUCCGAGGAGUGGUUGUUCAAGGAGGAAUACAGACAAUAAUAAAUGAUUCCUACUAUGGAGGGAGAUUAAAUUUCUGGGAUUUUGAUCCUCAACCUUUGAGAAGACAUACAUUUUGGACAAUCGUCAUUGGGGGAACAUUUUUAUGGGUUGGAAUCUAUGGUGUUAAUCAGUCUCAAGUACAAAGAUAUAUCUCCUGUAAAACUAAAGGCCAAGCAAAACUCUCCCUGUAUAUAAACCUUAUCGGAUUAAUGAUUAUUUUGGCCUGUGCUGUCCUGUGUGGCCUUAUUCUGUAUUCGGUAUAUAAAGACUGCGAUCCAUGGACAUCACAGAUUAUAUCAGCUCCAGAUCAGCUUAUGCCAUACCUUGUGCUAGAUAUUCUUCAGGGCUAUCCAGGAGUACCAGGCCUGUUUGUAGCAUGUGCUUACAGUGGCACACUAAGUACUGUAUCAUCCAGUAUCAACGCAUUAGCUGCUGUUACAGUUGAAGAUCUAAUUAAGCCUUAUACACAUCUUUCAGAAAAUAAAUUAUCUUGGAUAUCAAAAGGAAUGAGUGCACUUUAUGGGAUACUUUGCAUUGCAAUGGCAGCUGUAGCAUCUUUUAUGGGAAGUGUCAUACAGGCAGCAUUAUCUAUAUUUGCCAUGGUCGGGGGUCCUCUGCUUGGACUUUUUUCCCUAGGACUGUUUUUCCCUUUUUGCAAUUCAGUGGGUGCAAUUGUAGGGCUUCUCUUUGGGUUUUCAAUGUCUCUGUGGGCUGGAAUUGGUGCCCAAAUUUACCCUCCUUUACCAGAGAGAAGUAGGCCUUUACCACUUUCUAUAGCAGGCUGCAAUUUCAGCACCAUGGACACCAACUGGACAUCAAUGACAACAGAACCCACCAUGGCCAUGGUAACCAACCUGAUACCAUUGGACACCAGUGAAAGGCCUGUACUAGCUGAUUAUUGGUAUUCGCUAUCGUAUUUGUAUUUUAGCACACUAGGAACCAUUGUAACCAUAUUAGUGGGUGUUAUAGUCAGUCUAAUGUCAGGCGGGCUAAAACAAAGCAUAAAUCAUGAUUACCUCUUUGGAAGACAGGAUUUCUCCUGUGACAUCUUUUCAUGCAGAAAAUCAGAAAAAGAUGCCAAGGAUCUGUGGCCAAAACCUAAUCCUUACCAAGGUCAUGAAAACCCAUCAUUUGUCAAAGAUGAUAUAAGCCUCUCAGAACUCAAAUGAACACAUAAAAAGACACUGAAGUAUAUCAUGUGAUUGGUUAUGAGAAGAAUGGGAUUAUUAUUAAGAAACUAAAGCCUUACCCCCGAAACAUACAGAAUCUAAUGUCAUUGCCAUAAACUGCCACAGGGAAGUGACAAUAUAUGGACAGUGGUGAAAUAAUGUAGAGCCAAAUGAAAGAUAUUUAUGAAUAGAGAAAGUUGUGCUCAUCACUAAACAAUAUUAAACCAUUACGUUAAU